AUGGUCAAACUCUCCACAGACCUCAGCUCGACCAACCUCCAGCUCCUCGCUGGUGGUGUCAUCGUCGCCAUCCUUGUCCUCGACUACCUGCGCUACAAGAAGGGCAAGCUUCACCUCAAGGGACCCACGCCCUACCCCAUCUUUGGCAACCUGCCGCAGAUGGGCAAAGAUGCUGCUCUGACGUUCCACAAGUGGUCCAAGACGUACGGUGACGUCUUCAAGGUCAUUAUGGGCGAGCGCGAGGUCAUGAUCAUCAACACUGCCCAGGCUGCCAAGGAGCUGUUCUCGGACCAGGGUGGUGUCUACAUUGACCGCCCGCAAUUCCACAACUUUCACACAGUCCUUUCGUCGUCUGCCGGCACCACCAUCGGUACUUCUCCCUGGGACGAGUCGUGCAAGCGCCGCAGAAAGGCGGCCGCCACUGCUCUGAACAAGGCCAACGUCCAGGAGUACAUCCCCAUUGUCGACCGUGAGACCCUUGCGCUCAUCGAGGACCUAUAUGUCCAGGGCAAAGGUGGCAAGAUUGAGCUCGACCCGCACCAGUACAUGGCCCGCUUUGCGCUCAACACGUCCCUGGGUGUCAACUAUGGUAUGCGCCUCGACAGCAUUGGUGAUGACCUCCUCGAGGAGAUUAUCACCGUCGAGCAAGGUGUCUCCAACGUCCGCUCCACCACCUCCUCAUGGUCCGACUACGUGCCCCUCCUCCGCAAGCUCCCUACGGGAAACAAGGGAGUCGAGAAUGCCAAGAGCUUCCGUGACCGUCGCGACCAGUACAUGAACAUGCUGCUCCAGGACCUCAAGGACCGUAUCGCCAAGGGCACCGACGUCCCCUGCAUCACUGGCGCUAUUCUCAAGGACCCCGAGGCCAAGCUUACCCCCAUUGAGCUCUCGUCCAUCUGUCUCUCCAUGGUCUCGGCCGGUCUCGACACGCUCGGCAACACCAUGCUCUGGGGUGUGGGAUAUCUUGCCAAGCGCCCCGACAUCUGGGAGAAGGCAUACGAGGAGGUCAACAACGUCUAUGGCGGUUCGGUCCCCGACGCCACCGAGGAGGCCUCGGGAUACAUUUCUGGUCUUUACCGCGAGUGCGCUCGCUACUUUUCCGUUCUCAAGCUCUCGCUUCCUCGUGCCACCAUCACCGACUCGGUCUACCACGGCGUCAAGAUUCCCGCGGGCACCACCGUCUUCUUCAACGCCUGGGCCAUCCACCACGACGAGGCGCGUUACGGCGACGUUGCCAACUUCCGCCCCGAGCGCCACGUCCUGGAGAAGGAGGACGCGGUCCACCAGCCGCACUACAGCUUUGGUAUCGGCCGCCGCAUGUGCGUCGGUGUGCACCUCGCCAACCGUGAAAUGUACUCUGCGUUCGCCAAGCUCGUCUACUUCUUCAAGCUCGAGCCCGGAGAGGAGGACUAUGACAUCAACCCCGAGACCGCCUGCAAGAACACGUACUCGCUCGCGGCCACGCCCAAGCCAUUCAAGAUGCGCUUCGUGCCCCGUGACCCGGACACCAUUGAGCAGUGGAUCCAGGACGAGAAGAGCCGUAACGACCUUAAGAUUGCCUCGUCAAUCUCCAAGAAGACCCCCGCUGCUUAG